CUUGCGGCAGAGGGAGGCCGUAUCACCUGACCAGGACUCUGGAGAGGUAAUGGCGACGCCUAUCCUGCGCUGGUGCUGUCCUGGAAGGCGUUGGGUUUUCGCCGGGAUUGGCAGCGUUUUUCGCCACGGAAGAGGGGUUCCAACUGGGUCCACGUCCAGCGGGAAGAGGGGACAGAGCACAGUGGCUCAGCAGCCCCUCAUCACGGCCCAGAAACCGAGGAAAGGUGAACGUGAAUGGGCAGCUGUGGUAGGUUUGGAGAUUCAUGCCCAGAUUGCCUCCAACUCCAAACUCUUCUCUGGAUCUCAAGUCGACUUUGCAGCACCUCCCAAUUCUUUGGUAUCUUUUUUUGAUGCAUCUCUGCCUGGAACUUUGCCGGUCCUAAACAGGCGGUGUGUGGAAGCAGCCGUGAUGACCGGCCUGGCCCUGGACUGCCACAUCAACAGGAGGUCCUUGUUUGACCGGAAGCACUACUUCUACGCAGACCUCCCUGCCGGCUACCAGAUUACCCAGCAGAGGCUGCCGAUCGCCGUGAACGGGAGCUUGGUGUACAGCGUCUGUGUGGGGAAGAGGCAGAGUCAGAUGGUCACCAAGACAGCGGGGGUCAAGCAGAUCCAGCUGGAACAGGACAGCGGCAAAAGCCUCCAUGACAGCCUGCGGUCCCAGACGCUCAUUGAUUUGAAUAGAGCGGGGGUCGGCCUUCUGGAAGUGGUCCUGGAGCCUGACAUGUCCUGUGGAGAAGAGGCGGCUGCAGCCAUCAGGGAGCUACAGCUGAUUCUUCAGGCCCUGGGGACCAGCCAGGCGAACAUGGCAGAGGGCCAGUUGAGAGUGGACGCCAACAUAUCUGUGCAUAACCCUGGGGAGCCUUUGGGCGUUCGAACCGAAGUAAAGAAUCUCAACAGUGCCAGGUUUUUGGCCAAAGCUAUAGACUAUGAAAUUCAGAGGCAAAUCAAUGAACUCGAGAAUGGAGGUAAAAUCCUGAAUGAAACUCGCUCGUUCGAUUACAAGCUGGGGUGCACCGUGCCGAUGAGAGACAAAGAAGGAAAACAAGACUACAGGUUCAUGCCGGAGCCCAACCUGCCCCCGCUGCUGCUCUACGACUCGGGGUCCCUGCCCACUGGCACAGACCCACAGCAGGUGAUCAACAUCGACCAGCUCCGGGAGCAGCUUCCCGAGCUGCCCCGCGUGACCCGGGAGAAGCUCGUGCAACAGUAUGGGAUGCUGCCGGAGCACAGCUUUGCCUUGCUGAAUGAAGUUGGCCUACUGGAGUUCUUCCAAAAUGUGAUAAAAGAAACUAGGGCAGAGCCAAAAAAAGUGACUAGUUGGGUCCUCAACACUUUUCUGGGCUUUUUAAAGCAACAGAACCUUGCCGUCAGUGAGAGUCCUGUCACACCCUCUGCCCUGGCUGAGCUGCUUGACCUGCUGGACAGGAAAGCCAUCUCUUCAUCCGCAGCUAAACAGGUGUUUCAGGAACUGUGGAGGAGUAAGGGCAAGACCCCAGCACAGAUCGUUGCAGAAAAGAAGCUUGAACUGAUGCAGGAUGCAGAGGCGCUGGAGCAGCUCUGCCGCUCCACGCUGGAGGCACAUCCUCAAGUGGUCACGGAUGUAAAGAAGGGAAACCCCAGGGCCAUAAACAAACUGAUCGGGUUGGUCCGAAGAGCGACUCUCGGCCGAGCAGAUCCGACGGUGAUAAAGGAGGUGCUGGAGAGGCAGCUGUCGUCGUGACGGGUUCGGGUCCCCCUGCCACGGCCGGGCUGGAGCCUGUGCGCUGAUGUCCUAGGCCCCAGCCAGAUGCCCCGCCCGACCUGCACCUUGAGGUGCAACCUCCACGCAGACCAGGCCUGGCGCCGUUGCUUCAUCGACAUCACACGCUUCCGGGGGAGGUGCAGCAGCGGUGAGAAACAGCAUGUCCUAGUGCGCGGUGACGCCGAGCUCAGUGCCACAUGCUGUUUCAGAUACUGUCACCACCCUAGGAAAACGUUUCAUUCCGCAGGUCCCUCAACAAAUAUUUUUAAGCACGUGCUAAGGGCCGGGCGUUGUUCCAGGUGCUGGGGAUUAGCAAUGAUGAAGAGAGGCCGUGAUCUGGAUGCAGUAUUUUGUUUGCGGCGCUCUCAUUAGUCUUAGUACCAGGAAUGUAUUCUCCCAUCCACUGAGUAAAAGUGAUGUUGCCCAUUCAAUGCCCAGGGAUCCCAGAAGGCAGAGGUCUGAGAAUAAAUGAUUUAUUUAUUUUUUUGGUAAAAAAAGACAACAGAAGUUUUCAAAUAAAUUUAAUGAAUAAAAUUUAUACUGAAACAUCACAUAAAAAAUUAACUUACACGUUGAAGAUUGUGCAGUGGACAAACCCCCCUCGCCACCCUCAGACCGAAAAGUUUUAAAAGGCGAGAAAAAAGCUGUAACAUUAAACUGAUUUGUUUUGCCUGGAAAGAAUAAGAUGGUAAGCUAGUAAAUCAAAAUCUUGAUGGUUUUAAAGUUACCUUUAAUGGUAACUGUGGUACAGUUAACAGUAGUCCAUGGAGGCUGCGUUGCCCUCACCCCUGUUCUCGUGGCAAUAAUACUAUUUCUCUGUCGCACUGGGGCACCCCUUUGUUCACUGCACGCCUUUGUUACCUCUGACUCACAACACUGAAGACCAGUUUUGCAAGUGCUGUUUUUUAAAAGCACAUGUCAAAUAAACUGUGACAUAAAAGAAAAUCAUUGGAGGCCCUGAUUUUACACUGAAUUCUCUCUUGUACUAAGAAGAGUACAAACAUUUCCGUCAUGAACGGUGCUCCAGUGGUAGCUGGGGACCCGGAGGAGAGUCACCAACUUAGCAGCUCAUGGUUCCUGGUCGCAGAUGAUCGCUCAGGACUUGCCUAACUAGGAGUAAAGAGAGGUCAGGACUUCCCUAACUAGGAGUAAAGAGAGGUCAGGACUUCCCUAACUAGGAGUAAAGAGAGGUCAGGACUUGCCUAACUAGGAGUAAAGAGAGGUCAGGACUUGCCUAACUAGGAGUAAAGAGAGGUCAGGACUUCCCUAACUAGGAGUAAAGAGAGGUCAGGACUUCCCUAACUAGGAGUAAAGAGAGGACUGCCCCUCUUCCCAGCCAGAAAAGCAGGGACCAGUCAGUCAUCCGGCUUAUUUCAGACAAGCAUGAAGAGGUAAGGUUUUUUAAAAAACUAACUUUUUUACAAAUGAGUGACUUAGAAGUGUUAAGAGAAUACGGUACGUUACAUCACCCAGGAAGCCACGUGCCCCUCGCGCAUGCCGUUGCAGUACUGAAAACUCCUGGGCCUGACAGUAAAACAUUUUCAUCAAACCUCUUUUCGAGAGAGAAAGGCAGAGCCAGUUCCCACCCCCCCACCCCGUGGCUCCUGAGUCUGGAAUCUGGCGGGAUCAUGAUUUUGUAAGAAAUGAUAAGAUUCAGUUUUGUUUUACAAACUCCAUUUUCACCAGAGGUCUGGCUUCUUGGUCAUCAACCCUUACAGAAAGCACUGGACGAUCUUUCCAGACCAUUUUAAAUCAAGGGCUUACUUAAGUGGGGUCUGGGAGGGGCGGGGACAGCCAGAUGAAGGCCAUUUACCAACAAUAUCACGUCAUAUGUAAACCGUCUUAUGGACUGAUCAUUUCGGGAGAAAAAUGCCAUUGCUGGGGUCGGGGGUAGAGGGAGGGCUAAAUGGGUAAAGGGGGUCAGCUGUGGCGGCAGACAGAACUCAGCCUUUGAUGGUGAAUACACUGUAGUGUAUGGAGAAGUCAGAAUAUAAUGUUAUAAACCAGUUACCUCAACACACAAAAAAGCACUUGACCUUUACAAUGCUAACUGUCAUCCAGCUCUGACAAUUGCUUGUUGUCUUGAAGGCCCACUUCUGAAAUCCUAAAAAUGAGAUUGUGUUGUUGUAACUGCUCAUAGAAAGAAAAAAACGUAUCAAAGCACAGCUCAGAUAUCUUACCUGGAACCUGACUAGAUAUUCAGAAUACAUGUUUAUCUAACGCCCUAAGAAAUUCACAAAGUAUGGCUCUACUUGUAACUGGGCUUCAGUGAAAUACAAUUUUAAAUACAUUUUUGCAUGAUUGUGAAUUUAGUCUGGUUCUCUGUUUGCUAUUCAGGGGGAAAUCUCAUUGAAAUGUAUGAGUUGGCACCACAGGUGAAGCCAGUGCCAUCUGUCACUGGAGCCCGCACACCUGGAGGCUGGGAGGGCAACGUGCUGGAAGACUGGCUCCCCCGGGUGCCCUGUGGCUUGAGGAGGAGGUUGGUUGAUCGGCUGGUUCUGGGGGGAGGGGAGGGGUGGCAGCCGCAGCACUCGGCAUGCUACCUGGCACAGGAUCCAUUUUUAGCAAAAGUUCAUUAAGUUUAUAAAGCAUAAUUAAUUGUGGGAGUCCCUCUGUAUGAGGGGUGGGUGCUGCCAUCCACUAGGCUUUUAAACUCUGGGUCUAGGAAGGAGCUUCUUGACUCUGUCCAGGCUUAUGCAUCAAGGUGAACUUCUGUUCCCAUCUUCUAAGAUGUAGACAACCCAGGGAAAAAAACUUGUCAGUAUUUAUACCAAGUUAAGGGUGUUUUUAGCUGAGCUCCCUCCCUCCCUUCUUUUUGGUAAUUAUGGCUAAUCUGGAAGAAGGCUAUGAAUUGUUUUCAAGUAAACACUCUCCUAGAGCUUUGCGUUGGUUGGUUAGUUCGAUAUAUAGCUUACGGCCAGGACCCACAAUCCAUAUUGUAUUUUUCAUGUCUAUUGAAUUUAGCCACAUCAUUUCAAGGAUUCCACAUAGGACUAUUUGAAAAAAAACACUAGAUCUAUAUGAAAGGCCAUGUUAUUUUACCCACCACCAAAAGCAGCAUGGAAAUGGCUGCCACGCCUCUUCAGAUUUUAGACAAAUUGCAUUCGUGGAUUAUUUGUGAACAGAGCGGACCCUCGAUGGUGAGAUGGAAAGCGCUAAUUGAAAUCCUCUCUUGUUGUCUCCCUUCGUCAGACGUCUUAGCAAAAAUCAUUUAAGUAAUAUUGUCAACACCAAAUAAUCUCUUUUAAAAUAUCUGCAGGGCAAAAUGGUACCUCGUUAUAGGUGGGCCUUUUCUAGACUUGUCCCAGUAAAAAGUCAGCUGCUGCCCUAAGAAGCACAGACUUCUGCAGCCUCAGCUCCAUGAAAUGCAUACCUUGUCAGGUUCAGAAAGCACACAGUAAAUCUAAGGCUCCCCAAAGAUGCCUGAAAUAUGUAUGGAACGCAUGCGGGCAGACCCUCCUGGCGACCUUGUUCCUUGUGUGGGUGACAGGAACAAAAUUCACAAUGAUGACAGGACAGGGAGGGGCAUUCCCAGCUAAAAUCGGCCCCUGUCUUAGGAUUCCAAGUGCAGAGGCCAAAGAACUUUGCCCCUGUCCCUCUGGUCCCUACAAAGCCUCAACGAAUAUCUUUCACUGAAGCCCCCGUUUAUCCAGUUAAUGAGCUGCCAGGAUGAUCUGUCCUCCAAAACAAGUAAUGGCCUAAUAAACGCCUGAACAUAGAGAGGAUUUACUGAGGCAAAAUUAUCCCGAAAACAAUUCUUAGUCUUUUGAGAGCUCUUUCUAAAGCGUUAGGUUUAUGACGAUCAUUCAAAAAGGAAAAAAAAAGUCAACUCCAUUUUCUUAAAAUGUUUCCUCUGUGAUGUGAUUUAAGAAAUGGAGUAUAAACUGGUUUGACAGUGUUCUGUCUUAAGCUGUUAUCUGAUGGAGAACGAGUGUUACGUGAUUUACAGUCUGAUGGCUGAAGCGAGAAGGGGCCGAGAAUAUCUUCUUAACGACUUAAAGCAUUGUGGCCUCAGCUACAGAGGGCUGCUGUUCAGGAAGAGCUAAUACCGCAAGGCUUGUUGGGACGCAAGGUGAGCCACAAAUUACCCCGGCCUGGCCAGUGACUUAAAGUAGCACAUGCAGUAAUAGCUGUCCCGCAAUAAAGUGUUUCAUAAAAAUGGCCAAGGGUGCCAGCCAUUUCAGUAAAUACAUGGCUGGUAGUUAGCAAUUACAUUGACCCAUCCCUGCCUGAGAGCUGGGUGUGCACUGCAGACAUUCACCGUCACACCGGUGACACGUCCCACCCCCGCCGGGGCCGCACUUCCCAAGGAGAGCAGCCCAGGCACACUGACCCACGUUCAGAACGGGCAGCCUACCCACAACCCCAAACCUCUGAACACAGCUGGAAACCCACCCACACUGACCCUGGCAACCAGGCUGAUUCUGAGACAUCAAAAACGACUUUCAACCCCGAGUACCAUGGGCUGCCCAAAAUGAACAGGUAACCUGAACGGUCACGUAUCCUGUCUCUAGAUUCUGCUCAUAAGAGGAUGCUCUCCUGACAACACCCUGGAGCCAGGAUGUCUUAAUGGACUGAAAAUCAACAACUGCAUCAGACCUAAGUAAAAGCCACUUGAUGAGGAAAAGGUACCCCUGAGGACCCGCGGAAGAAGUGAAUGCGUCCUCCCUACACGUGACAGAGGCAUCGAUUCCAACCCCAGCUCGUCAAAGUAUUUUACUAAGUCAAAUGGGGACCAUUUCACAAUUCCUCUAAAUACCGGGGAAGGAAAGGAAGUGUACCUACUAAUAAAACCACAUCUCUGAUUGGUUACUCCAGCAUUCCCAUUUCAUGUCUGGGAAUCUGUAAUUCACUCCAUAAAACUGUAUUUUAGGCUAAACUCGAUCUGGAAUCGCUUUAAAAUUUUAAAAACAAACGUUUUUAAACAUUUGGCCACUUCCAAAAAUCAGUUUUAAGUAUCCCAGUGCUCUCCUAUAUUUUGAAGCACAAAAUCCACUCCACCUAGAACUUUACGUCAGACUCUGAGUUAUGAAUCAAGGUGAAGGAUGUGAUGCUCCAGGAACCCGUGACUCACCUCCGCUGCCCGGGGCCACCAGGCUCGACACAGCGACGGCAACCUCAGGGGCUGCACCAAAGCCCGUGUCCACUGAGUCCUGGGGGCCUGUCGCGUGCAAAGGCAUCCACGCACUGGCACAUUUUAAAGCAUGCCAAGUAUCGUUCAAAAUCCUUCCCCAAACUCAUCGCAAAAGAGAUUUCUAAGGGUGUCACCUAUUACUUUAUGACUAGAACAUUCUACUUCAUUACCGAGAUAUUUCCCAUCAAGGAAUUCCCAUCGCCACCCCCUGCUGUUCAGUAUCUUCCUAUCUGCCUAGAUCAAUGUUCAUUCCUCCAAACCCCCCAGGAUUUGUUCUUCUCCUAUUUUAGCUUCCGGUCUCUGCUGUGUUCCCUCUCGCAUGUCCACACCACCCCCAAACCAUCCUUAACCUAACCCACCUGGCUGUUCCCCUCAACUGCAUGGGUCUACCAGUUCCCUAGAAUAUAUUUCCAGGCCCAUUUUCUGACUUCAUUUUGAGAAACGCUGGACUCAGUACUCUGGUGGAGGGCUGCAGGGGUUUCAGAAACCUGAACCAGCGUCCACCUCCAAAUAGGCUGGGUUGUCAUGUGGGUUUGCUACCAGCACCCCACCAUGGGAGUGAGUUAGUUAAUUUUCCUGCCUCUCACCCCACACCGGUCAUCUCUGUCCUCCUUUAAAGCAAAUCUACUUUUUUUAUAAGUACCUACUUAAAAAAAUACUCUUUCCCAGAUGAUGCCUUCCACAAAGGGGACUGUGGUUUUCUAUAAUAGAGCAACAUGGACUCAAGGAGAAGAAUCGACACCAUCACCAGAUAAUGGAGAGAUGUGGAAAUCGGACCAGAAAGCUGAAGAAUACGGCUCUCAGACGUGACUUUAGCUUCCUAUAUACCUGACUUGCAAGCACCGCGAAGCAGGACUCCUGAGAGCCAUCCAGCCCCGGCCAGAGCUCCUGAGGCUUCAUUCCAGGACUGGCUCACUCGCUUCAAAAUCCCUGAAACACAAAAGGCAGCCUCGGCUCUGCAGCGUCUCAGAUGUGCGUCUCUCCUCCACGCCCUUCCUGUACUAGGGCCUGAUUGAUUAAAACCAAACCAGUGCUCCUGAGGCACCACCACCAGCCCUGUGACCACCCCCGGGGCUCAGCAAGAUGCCCACAGAAAGAACAGAGACCCGGGGCUUCCAAUUUCCUUCCCAACCGGGUGGGGGGGGGGGUCACCCUGCUUACGUGCUUCUCACCUGCCCACAGUACAGGAGAGUGGAAUCUAAUAUCCAUGCAUAUCAGUC